GAGGAAACCGCUGAUUGGUCAGCCUGGCCCGGGCUCGGGGCGGAGAUCGGGUGAUUGGCAGCAACGCCCCGGGUCAGCCAAGCUCGAAGCCGGAGUUGCUGCAAGGGGUUCGUGGCUGCCGCGCGGCUGAGUGUGCUUUAUGGACCAUGUGCUACUAUGUAUGCCUGAAGUACUUGAAAUGCAAAUUUGGAGAGACUUUGCCAUCUAAAUGCUUGGCUGGAUUAAACGCCUAAUUAGGAUGGUUUUUCAACAGGUUGGAAGCAUGCAAUCGGUACUUUGGUCUGGAAAGCCAUAUGGUUCAUCUCGAAGUAUCGUAAGGAAAAUUGGUACUAAUUUAUCUCUGAUCCAGUGUCCAAGAGUUCAGUUUCAGCUUACCAGCCCUACAACAGAAUGGAGCCCCAGACAGCCAGGAGAGGAUGCGGUGGUGUCUUUUGCUGAUGUUGGAUGGGUAGCCAAAGAAGAAGGAGAGUGUUCAACAAGACGAAGGACAGAGAUCCGGAAAAGGCAACCCCUUCAGGAUGAUCUUCCUUUCCUUGGGAAGCCCCUGGGCCGGCAGUUUUCCUUACCAAACCUGUCUCCGGAAGAGCCUCCACUGCAGACCAUGACACUGGCCAGCGAGGAAGCACUGCAGAAGAUCUGUGCCCUCGAAAGUGAGCUGGCUGCCCUCAGAGCUCAGAUUGCCAAAAUUGUGACCCUCCAAGAACAGCAAAACCUCAGUGCAGGUGACUUAGAAUCUACAGCAUCCGUCGCCCCAGCGCCACCCUCUGUCCCGCCAGCUCCCCCUCCGCCACCUCCCCUCCCUCCGUCAGGGCUCCACAAAAGUGCAUCUGCUAUUGAUCUGAUUAGAGAUCGAAGAGAGAAAAACGCCUGUGCUGGAAAGACUUCAGUCAAGAGCAGUCCAAAGAAAUCUGAUAUGCCAAAUAUGCUGGAGAUCCUUAAAGACAUGAACAGCGUGAAACUUCGGUCAGUAAAAAGGUCAGCACAAGACACAAAGCCCAAACCGGUAGAUGCUGCUGACCCUGCUGCCCUCAUAGCAGAGGCUCUGAGAAAGAAGUUUGCUUAUCGGUAUCGAUGUGAUAGCCAAGGUGAAGUUGAAAAAGGAAUUCCAAAGUCUGAAUCAGAGGCCACCUCCGAAAGAGGGUUGUUUGGGCCACACAUGUUGAAGUCUACAGGAAAAAUGAAGGCUUUAAUUGAAAAUGUUUCAACGUCCUAA